UCCAGCCCCGCCAGGCCUAGACCGGUAGAAAAGGAUCUAGCCCAGGCCUUGGCCAUGUCCUAAAGAGAGAGAAAAACAAAUAAAGAGAAAAAUGGUCGAGUCAGGCCACCAGGCUUAGGCUGCCAAACUGUAGUUUUUUGGGCCGGGCCACCCGACCGAUUACCUCCCUAAUCCGAAACGUGUGAAAACUGACAGUCUCCUUCAUGUUCUACGGACGCGAGUGAUUACGUUCGUCCGCGGAAAUCCCUGUCCUCACUUUCGUCAUUUUAUGUAAAUGAGUUACGAGAAGAGAAGCAACUUCCAAGCAUCAUCAAUGUGAACGAGUCGCUCACAGACAACGCAAGACCCAAGUCUCUCCCAUAUUUGGACGAAAGGUUCAUCUGUAAAACAAAGCUUCCUAUCCAACCCUAAAUCCGCAACCUUCUUCACCUUCCUACCAUGGUCCAAACCCUAAUGGUGCUAUCCUUAGCAGUGUCACUUGUGUGGUUCUCUGCAGCCGGGGUGAUUUCUCAGAGAGACUCGUUCGUUUUCAAUGGCUUUGAGCCUGCGAAUUUGAGCUUAAAUGGUGCAUCCCUUGUGAGGAGCAACGGAGCCCUUCAGCUCACGAACUCGUCGCUCAAUCUCAUCGGCCACUCGUUUUACCACCGUCCCUUGAGCUUUCGUAGCGAUACCUCUUUCAGCACCACCUUUGUUUUUGCCAUUGUGCCCCCUGUGCCAGGCCAAGGAGGCCAUGGUCUGGCUUUCACCAUCGCCCCCUCUCCCCUUCUACCUGGUGCUCAAAUUGGGCAAUGGCUUGGCCUCCUCAACAGCACCACCGACGGCAACUCCUCUAACCAUGUUUUCGCUGUAGAAUUCGACACCGUGCAGGGCCAAAAUGGGGACAUAGAUAGCAACCACGUGGGCAUCGACAUCAAUAGCCUCGUCUCCAAUGCUUCGGAGAGCGCCGCCUACUAUUCCGGAGACAACCAGAAACAAGCAAUCAUCUUGGACGAUGCGGUGCCGAUCCAAGCUUGGGUAGGCUAUAGAGCUCGCGAAAAGCGCAUCGAUGUUACGAUAGCGCCUUUCAGAGUGGACAAGCCUCAUCGCCCGUUGAUCUCCCACACUCUCGACUUGUCGUCGGUCCUCUUACCCUCUAUGUAUGUUGGCUUCUCCUCUGCAACCAUGAAGCUUGGAAGCGCGCAUUACAUUCUCGGAUGGAGCUUUAGCCUGAAUGGGGAAGCUCGACCUUUAGAUCUCUCUCGCCUCCCUUCUUUCCCUAGACCUGGUGCCGGGUCCAAGCGCGCAGAGACCAUUAUGAUCGUGGCAUCAUUAUCCGGAACCUUCCUCCUCCUUGCAGUUGCAGUGAUCUUGGGGGCAUACUUGAUUCGGAGGGCAAAGCUCUCUGAGACUCUAGAAGAUUGGGAACGCGAUUACCCGCACAGGUUCUCAUACAAGGAUCUAUACCUGGCCACCAAAGGCUUCAAGGACCGUGAGGUUCUUGGUUCGGGGGGCUUCGGCAGGGUUUACAAAGGAAAUCUUCCAGGAUCAGGGGCCGAGGUUGCAGUGAAGCGAGUAUCUCAUGGCUCCAAGCAAGGGGUUCGAGAAUUCAUUGCAGAGGUAGCAAGCCUUGGGCGCUUGCGCCACCGGAACCUGGUCCAACUCCAAGGAUGGUGCAAGCGCAACGAUGACCUACUGCUUGUAUAUGAUUACAUGCCCAAUGGAAGCCUGGAUCGAUUGAUAUUUCAUGAAGAUGAUGAUGAUGAUGAGCAUGAAAUGCAGCAGCAGAGAACUGUUCUAGGCUGGAAAGAGAGGUACAGGAUAUUGCAGGACAUUGCGGCUGCCCUAUUAUACCUCCACGAGGAGUGGGAGCAAGUGGUGGUGCAUAGAGAUGUGAAGGCCAGCAAUGUGUUGCUCGACUCUGAGAUGAAUGGCCGGUUAGGGGACUUCGGCCUGUCGAGGCUAUACGAGCACGGAUCGAACCCGCGAACCACUCAUAUAGUGGGCACACUUGGGUAUUUGGCGCCAGAGCUCACACGCACCUACAAGGCAACCACCGAGGCCGACGUGUAUGCAUACGGUGCAUUGAUGCUAGAGGUGGCAUGCGGUCGCAGGCCCGUCGAGCCUAAGGCUGCAGUUGAAGAGAUGCUACUGGUAGAGUGGGUGCAGGAGCUGUACAGUGAAGGGAAAAUAGCCGACGCCUCGGACCAAAGACUCAAUGGGUGGUAUAUGAAGGAAGAGAUGGAGAUGGUGCUGAAGUUAGGGCUGUUGUGCACGCACCCUCAGCCACAGGCCAGGCCCAGUAUGAGGCAUGUGUGGCAAGCUCUUGGAGGUCAUGCCCUGUUACCACUGGAGCCAAGGUUUAUGUGUGAGGACUUAGAAUUCAAGAACAUGAGCACUGAUUCGAGUUCCAUUCUGAUGCAAACACCUCUUGAGAGCUCCUCUGAUUCAUUGAGGCCGGAGGGUGGAUUCGAUACUGUUCAUUCACCGCUCCCUCUUUUGGAUGGGAAAGGGCUCUCUGCAUGACCUAGCUCAGUAAAUUCCUAUAAAGCUUUGUGCAUUUACAGGAAAUAUGAUCCAUUGUUUUUUUUUUAUUUUUCUAGAUUUCGUCAAUAUACUUGUAACGUGAUUGCUAACUUAUUUUUGGACC